AUGGCCCCUCAUUCCUCCCGCCAGGACCAGACACCCCGAUGGCAAGGUGACUUGCCAGGGGAAGCCCAACUGAGGACUUCCCCGGCGGCCGCCUCGCGUUAUGGUCCGCCUUACGACUCUAGAAACAUUCUAACGCGGACACCAACAGGAGGCGGCGCUGACGUCUUGAGUCCUGGUUCCUCGACUUCUGGAGCAAACAGCGGCAGUUCUCAGCACAGCGCCCUCAGCGGGCUGUCCAGUCACUAUUCCGCCCAUGGAUCGUGGCCGACGCCCAGCGCCCCAGCUUACACCCUCAGCUCCGUCUCCCCAACCCCAAAUACCCUCACACAUGCGCACACGCAUCCAUAUGACCAUAAGGCGAGCUCAUAUGAUCCCGGGUCGUCCAUGUACAACACCACCGCUCGCGCCCCCCAUGACCCCUCCCCCACCUAUGGCCACGCCCACAGCAGCCACGCCAACGGCCACAGCCAGCACCAGUUCCCUGGCAGCCUCUUCGGCCACGGAGGCGCCGCGUCAGGCAGCCUGCCAUCCCACGGCCACGCUCACGGCCACGCUCACGGCCACACGGCGCCGGGAGGCGGCAUCCUGAAUCCCCAGUCGACGGCCUCGACGCAACCUCCAACGCCCUUGAGCGCCGUGUCUCACGUUGAUCCAUAUACACGGCCCCCUUCGACUCCAAGCUACUUCUCGUCGGCAUCCACGCCGCAUCAGCCAUCCUUCGGCUCGGCGCCUCAUCAACCCUCCUAUUAUCCCUCUUCGUCCAGUGCGCCCUCGCCCACCACGUCGACGGCUGCCUCCAGGGGCCUCCACGCCCUCGCCGGACAUCACUCCGGCAUGGCGCCCCCUCAACCAUAUCGUCCGUUUCAGUAUAGUAUGCAGGUUCCAUCCAUGGGCGGUCCCAUCAUGUCCAACCUCAGCAAUCCCAGUGGGCCGCUCUCCGUCAUGCCAGGCAUGAAUCUUCCGGGAUAUGGCGGUCACCAUAUGCAACACCUAUAUGGUGCGCAUCAGAACAACCCUCAGGAGCGUCCCUUCAAGUGCGAUCAGUGCCCCCAGUCCUUCAACCGAAAUCACGACUUGAAGCGACAUAAGCGCAUUCAUCUGGCGGUCAAGCCCUUUCCUUGCGACCACUGCGACAAGAGCUUCUCUCGGAAAGACGCUUUGAAGAGGCACCGCCUGGUCAAGGGAUGUGGCGGGGAGAAGACGAACGGUACAGAAACAACACGCUCUCCGGGCGGGGGCUCUGAUGGCAGCGAAAGCCCACUGGCGCCAUCUAUCAAGAAGGAUGACGAGUAG